CCCGCUAAAAUCUUCCAUAGGAAAUAUCAUACAGUGUCCGGCGCGUUGACUGUGUAGGGUCGAGGCGUGUACGGAGGUGCUGCUGAUGAAAUGACGGAAAAGCAAGCUCGGAUUGCGCCUUUUGGAUGAGAUGAUGUCGAGCUGAUUCUCCGAUUACAGUGAAACCGAUGUGCACUCGUGUCUCAUCUGCCAAAGGGAGGAGGGAAGAAGAUGGCUUCGCCUUUACACCAGUCAACAAUCUGAAACAGCCUUCCAAAAAUCGCCCAAAUGAAACCUCUCUCCUCCCCUGUCCCGUCCAGCGACAUUUCCCCCUUAUAUAACCUUCCAGCAGACUUGAUCGAAUCAAAACCCAAAAUCGUCAAGUAUGCUUCAUUCGUGUCGGCUCUUGCUGCAGGUUUCGGUCAGCUUCAGACAGCUUUCGUUGGUUUAUCUCACUUGGAUAGUCCUGUUCAAGGCCUCAGGUCAAUCGCAAAUCUGGUUACAUCAGAAUGGAACAAACAGCUUGAUCAAUAAUCAAAUCGAAAGCGAUCCUUGCUACAAAACCCCUUUGAAGCCAACUCUAUGGUAUCAACUGGGAAUGAACAAUUAUCUUGACAGUUAUCCGGGAGGGGAUAAGAUAGCUUUGCAGGAAUACGCUAGCAACGUUGGCGCAACAGACUUUUCCGUAGGAAUCGGCGAGCAUCCUCAUCCCGGACAAUUAUGCGAAGCUGUAAAAGGACGAGAUUGCUUAUAUGAUGCUGCUGGUUAUGCGUAA